CCAAUCCGCUUCGGGAUGGGAGCGGUUAACACGCAGCCGCCCGUGCCCCGGGGCCGCGACAACCGGUCGUGGGGAACGUUCGCGCCCGGAACCCGCGGCGCGGUGCCGCGCCGGGGGACGCGCUUGGGCGCCGGACGCGGGGUGCGCGCGCAGCCACGGUUCCGGUUCCGGUUCCGACCCGGCAAGGAGGAGGAGCGCGAGCCCGGCCUGCGGAGGUACCGGCAGCUGGCGUCUGCUGCUGCGAUGCUGCCCCGCGUGGGGAUGUCCCUCCGGCGCCUGGCCUGGGCCUGGCCCGGGCCGUGUUGGUGGCCAGCCCCGCGGAGGUGCAGACGACGCGGCGCCCUGCACACGGCCCCAGCCGCGCGCUCCGACAGCAGCGCCCUGGGCUUCCACCGCGCCCUGGGCUUCGGGGACAGGCUCGCCCUCGUCGACCAGCACGGCAGCCACACGUACAAGGACCUCUACUCACGCAGCCUCUGCCUGUCCCGGGAGAUCUGCCGGCUCCGUGGGCGUGCCGACGGGGACCUCCGGGAGGAGAGGGUCUCCCUCCUGUGCGGAAACGACGUCUCCUUCGUGGUGGCGCAGUGGGCCACGUGGAUGAGCGGCGGCAUCGCCGUCCCCCUCUGCAGGAAGCACCCCCGGGCCCAGCUGGAGUAUUUCAUCCAGGACUCGCGCAGCUCCGUGGUCCUCGCCGGCCCGGAGCACGUGGAGCUCCUGAGCCCGGUGGUCCAGAAGCUGGGGGUCCCGCUCCUGCCUCUCCCGCCCGCAGUCUACCACGGGGCAGCCGAGGACCCCGGGGAAGGCCGGGUGCCAGAGUGGGACUGGAGAGACCGGGGCGCCAUGAUCAUCUACACCAGCGGGACCACGGGGAGACCCAAGGGCGUCCUGAGCACCCAUCACAACAUCAGGGCCGUGGUGACGGGGCUGGUCCGCAAGUGGGCCUGGACGAAGGACGAUGUGAUCCUCCACGUCCUCCCGCUGCACCACGUCCACGGCGUGGUCAACAAGCUGCUGUGUCCGCUCUGGGUGGGCGCCACCUGCGUGAUGCUGCCCGAGUUCAGCGCUCAGCUGGUUUGGGAAAAGUUCUUAAGCUCUGAAACUCCACGGAUUAAUGUAUUUAUGGCAGUGCCUACCAUAUACAGCAAGUUGAUGGAUUAUUACGACAAACAUUUUACCCACCCUCAUGUCCAGGAUUUCGUGCGUGCAGUUUGUGAAGAAAAAAUCAGGUUGAUGGUCUCGGGCUCGGCCGCGCUGCCCCUUCCUGUGCUGGAGAGGUGGAAGGGCAUCACCGGCCACACGCUGCUGGAGAGGUACGGGAUGACGGAGAUCGGCAUGGCCCUGUCCAACCCCCUGACAGCAGCUCGCCUGCCAGGCUCCGUGGGGACCCCGCUGCCCGGCGUCGAGGUGCGCAUUGUGUCAGAAAGCCUGCAGAAGGACGGCUACCCCUACGUUGUCCACGCGGAGGGAAAUGAGGAGGACACCAAGGUGACCCCAGGGUUUGAGGAGAAGGAGGGGGAGCUCCUGGUCAGGGGGCCCUCUGUGUUCCGGGAAUACUGGGACAAGCCAGAGGAGACAAAAACCGCCUUCACCUCGGACGGCUGGUUCAAAACAGGUGACACGGCCGUGUUCAAGGACGGCAGCUACUGGAUCCGCGGCCGCACGUCCGUGGACAUCAUCAAGAGCGGCGGCUACAAGGUCAGCGCCCUGGAGGUGGAGCGGCUCCUGCUGGCCCAUCCCAGCAUCACAGACGUGGCUGUGAUCGGAGUUCCAGACGUGACGUGGGGCCAGCGGGUCACCGCAGUGGUGACCCUUCAAGAGGGACACUCGCUGUCCCACAGGGAGCUCAAAGAGUGGGCCAGCGGUUUCCUGGCCCCGUACGCGGUGCCCUCGGAGCUCCUGCUGGUGGAGGAGAUCCCGCGGAACCAGAUGGGGAAGGUCAACAAGCAAGACCUUGUCAGGCAGCUCUACCCGCGCGACUGGGGUGCCCCCGAGACCGGGCGCCAGCUCACUGGCUUCCCGCCUGGCCACACCUGACCGGAAGGAAACCGCCUCGUGCCCUCUGCCCCGGCCUCGUGGCCACGGCACACCGCACAGCUCCGUGUGCUCUGCAGUCCCCGCCCCCCCCAGGUCCCUGCGGGUCUGGAGGUGUCACGGGGGAAGCAGGUCUCCCUGGAAACUCAAUAAAGGCUCCACAGAGAAGCA